AUGGUUCUCCGAAUCCGUCUCGCCCGCUUCGGCACCAAACGCGCACCGGUCUACAACAUCGUCCUCGCCCAGGCAAAAUCGGCACGGGGCAAGAAGCCAAUCGAAGUCCUAGGCACAUACGACCCGAUCCCUCGCCUGCCCCUCGCGACGCCCGACACGCCCGAGUACCUCCCGGACGGGACCAAGUUCGUGCCGCGGCGGUACAAGGAUAUCAAGCUCGACACGAGCCGGACAAAGUACUGGUUGGGCGUGGGUGCGCAGCCGACGGAGCCAGUGGUCAAAUUAUUGAGCAUGAUCGGGCUGAUCGAACCUAAACCAUCUUCACCGCUACCGAGAACGACACAACAGCAACAACAACAACAACAACAACAACAACAACAACAACAACAACAACAACAACAACAACGAGAGACGUCCUCAACCUCAACCUCAACCUCAACCUCACCUGCAGAAUCUAUACCCACGCAGCAGCGGCAACAAAAACCCACGACAGCAACAGCAUAG